GAAUUAUCUAAAAUUUUAAAUAAUGAAAAAAUUUUGACAAUUCAAGAUGAUGAUGAUAUUUCAACAAUUUAUGAUGAUGAAGAAUUAAUCUAUAAUAAUUUUAAUCAAGAUAUUCUUAAAGCCUUUAACAAAGUUUUAUUUUUUUUAAAACAUCCACCAAAUAAUUUAGAAAUAUCUCAAUUAGAAAUUGAAUCAGUUAAAUCAUUAUAUGAAAAAACAAGCUUUACAAUUUGA